AUGCAUCUCGCCGAAUAUCUUUUCCGUCGAAUUCACGAGAUUGGAAUCCGCUCCAUCUUUGGUGUACCCGGUGAUUACAAUCUAAACUCCCUUGACUACCUCGCACCAUGUGGUCUCAAUUGGGUCGGUAAUGUGAACGAGCUCAACGGCGGCUACGCCGCCGAUGGUUAUGCCCGCAUCAAAGGAGUAGGCGCAAUCAUGACUACAUUAGGUGUCGGGGAGCUUUCAGCCAUCAAUGCCCUAGCAGGCUCAUGCGCCGAGCUCGUACCAGUAAUCCACAUUGUCGGAUAUCCAUCAACAGCUAUACAAAAAAAGCGGCUCCCAAUGCACCAUACUCUGGGAGAUGGUGACUUUAGGCGAUUUGCCAGAAUGAGUGCCGAAAUCUCAAGCGCCGUGGUCGUUCUGGAAGACAAAUCAGAUGCGACCAGGCUCAUUGACGAAACGAUUAUUGAAUGCUGCCGUUCCAGCAAGCCUGUUUACAUUGGCUUCCCAUCGGAUCUUGUCCAGGUAGAGGUAGAUCCAUCUCCGCUUGAACACCCCCUGGUGUUCGAAGAGCCCAGUCCCAAUUCGGUGGCGGAUGAGGAUUAUGCCGUGGAUUUGAUUCUUGGCCGUAUUCGGGCGGCUCAGAAUCCGGUCAUCAUUGUUGAGAUUCUGGCUGGAAAGCCGCACAGCUUGAAUACAACGAGGCUAUUCGUGGAAAGCUCGGGGUUUCCUUGCUUUGCUACGCCGAUGUCCAAAGGUAUCAUCGAUGAAGGCUUGAUAAAUUUCCACGGCGUGUACGUAGGAAAGGUCUCAGAGCUUACCGUUUAUGAACAAGUUCAAGCCUCCGAUUUAAUCCUGAUUAUUGGGCCGCGUCCAGUGGAUUUCAACACGGGCGGGUUCAAGACUGAUUUGCCCCACAUCGAGACCAUCAAAUUCGAACGACACAGCAUCCAAAUGCAAUAUCAAGGAACUCUUGGGGUCAAUGUGAAUGGUGUGCUUGAAAGGCUCAGCAAUAUCCUUGAUGCAGAACGGUCAGAAUCUGUCUCCACGGCUUCUACGGCCUCCACGCCUCCCCACAAGCUUGGUGGCACACCCGAUAUAUCUGGAACCAUCUCACCCUCCUCCAACUCACAGGGAGGAAGUGUGAACGAGGAUGAGGUUAUGGACUUCGAGGGUAACGUUGUUGACAAGUCUCAACCGUUAACCCAAGAGUGGAUCUGGCCGCGAAUGUCUGCCUGGCUCGAAGAAGACGACAUCAUAUCUGUAGAUAUCGGAACUGCUGCAUUUGGCAUAACAUGGUCUCGAUACCCGCGCGGAGCAGUUUCACUAGUACAGUUCCUUUGGUCUUCGAUUGGAUAUGCCGUCGGGGCAGCAGUGGGAGCGGCCCUCGCUGCGCGGGAAGACGAGGAACAAUCCCAAGGCACUCGCCGCCGACGAACCAUCUGCUUAACGGGAGAUGGUAGCUUUCAAUUGACCGCACAAGAAGUGAGUACCAUGGUCCGCCGCAGACUGGGCGUUAUCGUGUUCAUUGUCUGCAAUGAAGGGUACACGAUAGAGCGCGUGAUUCAUGGCGUGGAUGCAGAGUAUAACGAUAUCCAGCCAUGGGACUUUAAGCUUUUGCCGGCCGUGUUCCAGGCCGCUCCGAAUACUGCUCGCACUUAUGCAGUCCGGACUAGGGCUGAAUUGAAUAGUCUGCUUGACGACCCAUCGUUUGGCCCAGCCGAUCAUUAUGAUGAGAAUAACCCACCCCCGUUGCGUAUUGUUGAGUUGUAUAUGGACAAAUAUGACGCACCUGACAGUUUGCAGGGGACUGUUGAUUCUAUUCAAGGCAGGAAGUGA